CCUCUAACCACACACUGUACAUUUUCAAGUGUGAAUCUCCAUCAUCACGAAAGCAGCAUCAGUAGGAACACUCUACAUUUUCAAGUGUGAAUCUCCAUCAUCACAAAAGCAGCAUCAGUAGGAACAGAGGAACAAGGCAGAUCAUCAACCACAGAACAAAAAGGCAGCAUUAUUGAGCAAGAUAUUUACAUCAUGCCUAGAACUAAAAGAGUGAGAACAGAAGCUGGUGAAAGUUCUAACCCUCAACGACGCGAACAACAGCAGCCUCAAAAUCAGUCAUAUCCUAUAGAUGAAUUUCUCAAUGAAAGUCAUGAACUAGCCUUUCAAAAUUUCUCAAGCCGACCUAUUGUAACAGGGAGGAGGGUCAAUCUGCCACCUCAAUAUGAUGCACUACUAGUUAGUAAACUUGAAUCAAUGGGAUGGCUAAAUUUAAUUAAUUUACCCCAAAAGGUAUAUCCACGGCUAGUAUCCCUUUUUUAUGUUCACCUAAGAGUUACUCAUGAAGAAGAUGGAAAUUUUACUCUUAUCUCAUAUGUGAAAGGAAAGGGUGUACAGUUUGAUGUUCCUACUUUGGCACGCAUUAUUGGAGUUGAGGUAGGUGAAGAAAAUACCUAUUUUCAGACUGAGGCUGAGUUAGUUAAUAUUGUCGGUAAUGGUUCUGAUGUAUAUACUACUAUAUGUCAGAACAGAUUUACUGGAACUAGUCUACAAGCAAGACAUUUAAAAUCUUAUCUUCGCAUCCUCCACCGGUGGAUUGUAGAAAAUGUCACUCCGAAAAAAGGACAUCAUGAUGCGGUCCCAUAUUUUAAUGCCUAUUUGUUAUACUGUUUUGAGGUUGGGCAGAAGUUAGAUGUGUCUUACAUAAUUAUGAAAGAAAUGGUGCUAGCAAAUCAAGAAAUGGGCCGGUCAUUACUGUUUGGGGCGCUCUUGACAAAAAUUUUCAAAUAUUUUAAGGUUCAUCUUGCAAAUGAAAUGGAGAUCAAAAUCCGUUCACCCAUUACGCAAUAUACUGUGAAUCGUGCUGGUGCAGCCGCCAAUUUAAUGGGAAAUGAUAAUGCUGCAGAAGAUUCAGAGGAUGAAGUCCCACCAGAUGAUGGUCGACAAGAUCCUCCUGUCAAUGUGAUGCCAUCAACUGAACCACCUCAAUAUUGGACUGAUUUUUUGGCCAUAGAAGAACAACGUUAUACUCAACGCGUUGAAUGGGAACAUCAAAUGGCUAAUCAGGUCAAUUCAUUGGGUACUCAGUUUGAGACAUUUGCCACUGCACAGAACUCAUUAAUUGAACAAUUUGGUGAGUUUCGUUUGGACAUUGGAAGACGUCAUGACAUGGCAAACAAUCGCAUUGAUAGAAUUGAGCAUCGUGUAAAUGACAUAUACCAUCACUACUUUCCUCCUCCACCAUAA